GAAAUGGAGGGCACGGGGAUGAUUAAUGGGACGACCGUUCGCCAGGAGAGCAGGAAGCUGUGGCAGUACCUCGCUUCUAUUUCCGCGUGUUUCCUGGUGGUUGGAGUCGGCACAGCUCUGGCAUGGACUUCACCAGUGCUUCCUCAGCUGUAUUUACCUGAUUCUUUCAUGGUGGUGACCAAGGAUCAGGGUUCAUGGAUCAGCUCUUUGUUGGCAUUGGGGGCCAUCGCGGGUGCCCUUCCGUCUGGAGGAAUGGCGGACAAGUUAGGUCGGAAGAAGUCUCUACUCCUGUUGGCGGUACCGUUUCUUCUAUCCUGGGGAAUGAUUCUAAUCGCCUCGCAAGUCUGGCUUCUGUACAUCGCCAGAUUCAUAGCUGGGAUCGGUGUCGGGGCUGGUUGCGUCCUUGGACCGACCUACAUCAACGAAAUCUCUGAGGUCUCGACUAGGGGAACCCUUGGUGCCCUGUUCCAGCUGUUUCUUACCGUUGGGAUAUUCGUUGCUUUCGUUCUUGGGAGUGUCCUCAGUUACACCGUCUUCGCUCUUAUUUGCGCUCUGAUCAUCGUCCUCUUUUUGGGCACAUUCUACUGGAUGCCUGAAUCCCCUGUCUGGCUGAUGGGUGAGAGGAGGAAACAAGACGCCACGGUCGCGUUGUCUGUGCUGAGGGGCGACGAUUACGAUGCCGGGGAAGAAUUGAACGACAUGCAGAUGGCCGCUGAUCAAAGCUCCGGAAGGAAGACUACGUUUCUUGACAUGUUAAAAUCUCCGGUUCAUAGGAAAGCCAUGCUUGCGUCCUUUGGAAUGAUGUUUUUCCAGCAAGCGUCUGGUGUGAACGCGGUGAUCUUCUACACGGUGAUGAUCUUCAAGGCGUCUGGGAGCUCGAUGGCGCCGGAAGUGGCAUCCAUUCUUGUGGCGCUCGUUCAGUUGGUAAUGUCAGGUGUCGCGGCGUUGAUUGUGGAUCGAGCCGGAAGGAAGCCGUUGCUCAUGAUUUCCACAGGCGUUAUGUCAGUCAGCCUGAUAGCUCUUGGAUACUACUUCAAGCAGAAAGACGGCGGAAGUGACGUUAGCUCCCUUGGCUGGCUGCCAUUGACUUCACUGAUCGUCUUCAUGGUUGCCUUUUCGAUCGGUUUGGGACCAGUACCGUGGAUGUUGAUGGGAGAACUAUUCUCAGCGGACACAAAAGCGAUCGCUUCCAGUGUCGCGGUGAUGUUGAAUUGGUUCAUGGUAUUCCUGGUGACGAAAACGUUCCCCGCGAUGAACGACGAGCUUGGUACAGACGCGACGUUCUGGAUCUUCGCCGCGAUCAUGGCCGGCGCGACCGGGUUCACGCAAUUCCUCGUCCCGGAAACCAAAGGGAAAACUUACCAGGAGAUUCAGACUGAGUUACAGGGUGGCGUUCAACCGAUCAAACCCGUUCCUUAA